AUGAGCUGUCCAGACUGUUUUAGAGGUGCUGCCCUAUCUGGCGAGCCCAAAGGAACAAUCUCGGAUGUUAAUGGGGCAUACUUGGCUAGUCGUCCCAGCUCGUCCCGCGCUGUGGUCCUACUCUCCGAUAUCUUUGGUCUCGACCUUCCCAAUCCCAAGCUUCAAGCAGAUUUCUUCUCAGAACAGCUGGGUUGCGAUGUGUGGGUUCCCAACAUGUUCAAUGGAAAUGCACCCGUUAGGCCUGAACAAAUGAGGAUGCCAGAACGCGCCGGCCAGAGGUUCUCGUUGUGGGAUUGGAUCAAAAUUAUUUGGGUCGCGUUACCCACUCUUCCCGCUAUAUACCGCAACAGGGCUUCAUUCAUCGAUAAACUCAAGUCGACCAAGAAGUAUGAUAAAAUUGGAGCCGUGGGGUACUGCUUCGGUGGAGCUACUGCCAUUAAGUUCGGUGCCACUGGGUUGUUCGAUACCAUUGUCGUCUGCCAUCCUGCAAAAUUUAGUAUGGAUGAGCUGAAAGCCAUCAAGGUUCCCUCUUCUUGGGUGUGUGCGGAGGAUGACAUGAUCUUUGGUCAUGACUUCCGACUGAAGGCAGAGGCCGCCAUGGCUGGACGGAAGGAUGGAGUUGCGUAUGAGUUCAGAGACUAUAAGGGCACGACCCACGGCUUUGCGGCACGUCCUAACACCGACUAUCCUGAGGUAAAGGAGGCGUAUGAAGACACAUUGCAACAGACCGUAGAAUGGUUCAAGAAAACUUUGACUUCAAGCUCGUGAAUUGGCGUCGCCUUAACCGUCCUCUUUUAUAUUCGUUUUGUCGCUAUGUGUUACGCAACGACAGGAUAUUGAAAGAUAGCUACUCCCCAGAAUGGUCGAACCAGCCGACCUUUUAUAACCAAGUUGGUUUCAGAAUCAUCGCAUCUCUUACUUUUCACUUCUCUCUAGUCAAAUCAUCUGUGUCCCUCCAGCUGCGCAGAAGCGUCUGUUUGAUACUUCCCAACCCCCGGCGCUCGUCCUCAGCGUGUUGAUAUUCUGAUUGGCCCUUGACAAGUUCAGCUGCCGUACGCCGAUCUCCCGGUGCGAAAGGUUGGUUCCAGGCAGUGAAGAUGAAGGAAGAAGGGUCUGGUAACGGGUGAGCGGUGAUUUCCUGAAGUUCUCGCUGUAUAGAUAAACAAAAUCCA